AUGUCCGCCGCCCGCAUCAUCCUUAUCACAGGCGCCAACCAGGGCGUAGGAUUCGAGACGGCAAAGAACCUUGCCCUCUCGUCGCCCGCCAACCACGUCCUUAUCGGCAGCCGCUCUGCCGAGCGAGGACGCGACGCCGUCAAGGCGCUGCAGGCAUUGCCGCUUCAGGGCAGCGUGGCGCUACUGCACGUCGAUGUCACGAGCGACGAAUCCCUUGCCGCCGCCCAAGCCAGCGUCGAGGCCACCCACGGCCGCCUGGACUGCCUGGUCAACAAUGCCGCCGUAGCCAGCACUGCCCUCACCUCGCAUGAGCGCCUGCGAGCCAACCUCGAAACCAACGCUGUUGGCCCCGUCGCUACCACCGAGGCCUUCCUGCCGCUGCUGCUGCGCUCCGCCGACCCGCGCCUCAUCUUCGUCAGCUCUUCCAUGGGCUCCCUGACCCAUGCCGCCGACCCGGCCUCCCCGUACUACAUCAGCAAGGUCGACCGCGACUGGACCGAGUACCGCGCCUCCAAGGCUGCCCUGAACAUGAUCAUGAUCGAGUUACACAAAUCUCUCCGCCCCCAGGGCGUCCGCGUCUGGGGCGCCGACCCCGGUCUUCUCGCCACCAACUUCAUCGGUGCCGAAAAGGCCAAGGAGGUCAAUGCCCCUGAUCCUAGUGUUGGCGGCGAGCUCGUCGCCAGCGUGGUACGUGGUGACCGCGAUGCCCAAGUCGGCAAGGUUGUCGGACGGUACGGUGUCAGCCCGUGGUGA